GUUUGGUGCUAAUAUUUUCCGUGGGAGAUUACUAGUGUUUUUAUUGAAUUUGAUUGUUGAUUAACAGGUGCUCCAUCUCUCUCAGGCAGUUCAGGGGAAAAUCAGCCCAGAAUGAGCUGGUUCUAGUCUGCUUCUCUUUCCCUGCCUGGGAUGCCUGAUGAUGGGAAUCAGUGUUAGAAGAAUCUGUUUUAUCAGCUGGUUGUUAUCAGCAUCUGUGUGCUGUGACUGCGAGCAGGCAGUCAUCGAGGCUACCUGAAGGCGCGGAGCUGCCCCCUGGUUUGUGUGUAGGGCAGGCUGUCACCAAUGGAGUCUGUCUGUGAAGUGUGCUCAGCUGUACGUAGCCUCACCGAUUCAUACAAUGAAAAGCUUUCAUCUCAGAACUUCCCGGCCACCAAGCCGACCAUAUCAAGUGCAGAGGUGGCCACGAUUGGCAACUUCAUCAGCAACCUAAACCACAGAGCAUGCAACUGCUGUUUCCAAGAGCUGAAGCAGUACGGGCGGCUGAACAAUGUGGUGCAGGGCCUGCUGCAGACCUACAUCGAGCAGGUGAAGCUGAUGCCGGGCCGGCGCUGGACGGACCCGCCGCCGGCCGAGCCGGCCCCAGUCGAGGCCGCCGAGCCCCCGGCCGGCGGCGGCGAGGCAGGGGGUGACGGCGGGGGUAGCGCCGGCGGCGCCGAGGACCUGUGGCAGCUGGAACAGGUGGAGCGCAUGCUGCACCUGGUGGUCAAGGUGUUUCAGCCGCAGUUCCCGCCCUACCUGGCCUACAAGCACGUGCUGCCGCGGCCCGAGUCGGCCGGCGGCGGCGGCUCCGGCUCGGGCGAGCAGCCGGUGCCCUACAGCGCCUACUGCGACGUGCACGACCCCGAGGUGUCCGAGUUCAUCCUGCGCAACGUGUGCUACUUCUGCGAGUCGGGCGCCGUGCAGGCGGUGACGGCCGCGUUCGCCGGCCAGAGCCCGGCCACGCUGCCGCUGGUGCUGGCGCACGCGCUGCUGGCCAGCGUCUCCAACCUGAAGGUGUGGCUCAACUACCGCACCAUCGUGCAGCUGCUGGUGCCGCUGCGCGCCGCCAUACUCAAGUACAUGUGCAAGUUCAGCGACGGCGACCUGCGCUCGGCGGCCUCGCGCUCCAUGUCCGACUUCAUGUGGAGCUCCAUCAAGGACCCGCUGGACGCGCCGCUCUCCUUCGACAAGGACGGACUCGACCUGGCCUUCAAGUUCUUCACCAGCAGCACGCUGACCAUGCGGCUGGCAGGCAUCUCGCAGAUCAACAACCACAUCAACAUCUUCAACGAGCUCUGCAACGGCGAGAGCAUCGUGGAGGCGGAGAACGUGGGCCUGCAGCUAGCCAACUGGCUCAUCCAGAACCAGAUGGUCGAGCAGCUGUUCGGGCCCAACCUGCAUGUCGAGAUCGUGAAGCAGUCGCACGUGGUGCUGAGUUUUCUGGCUGUGGAGGGACGCCUUACGAACGGUCACAUCGAGCUGAUCCUGCAGUCUGCCCAGCUCAAACACUGCAGCAAACAGGUGUACGACAUUUUGGCGCCGCUGAUCAAGAACCUGGAGGCGGAGCCGGUGCUGCACCUGUACUCGCUGCUGCAGAAAAUGGAGCCCCGGGACCACACCGAACAGAGUCUGUACCUGACGUCUGUGCUGAUCAAGUUCAUCUGGAGUAACGGCGGCACGUACAGUAGCGUCUUGGACAACGUCAUCAAGUCUCUGGCGGGCGGCGACGUGAGCAGCAGCGAGAACAGCAUCAGCAUGGACGCCUCGGACGACGAGUCGGAGCUGGCGGCCGUGUCUGGCGCGCGCAGAGAGGCGCCGCCUGACCGGCCUGAGGUCACCGGUAGCCCCUCCCAGCCGCCGACCGCCGGCGCCGGAGCCGGAGCCGGAGCGGAGCUGGGCGCCCAGAACGAGCACGCCGAGAGCUCGAGGAAGCGUUCGGAGCCGGGCGGCGGCCAGAUGAUGGAGGGACGGCCGCACCUUCCGUCUGAGGAGGCGCGAAGGAAGAGGCUCAUCCACUGCCCCGCCGGCCAGCUCAGCGGUCGGGACUCUAGCGACGACAGCUCGUCGGCCGAGGGGGACGGUGACGGGGAUGGGGAGACGGCUCCGCGCGCCGGCGUCAAGCGGCGGCGCCGGGCCAACCCGAGCCCGCCGGCGCAGCGGCUGCUGCCCGCGCCCGCCGCCGCGCCGCCCGGGCUGGGAGCGCUGGUAUCUGUCCGGCCGCCGCCGUCUCCGUCUCUGUCGUCCCAGGACAGCCAGCUGGAUGCUGACGUGUUCGCCCACGACAAACUCAAAACUAGUCUGCUGAAAACGGAACUGCAGCAGUUCAAGAUGCAGCAAAUCGGCCGAGAUCUGAGCGACGACGAGGACAGCUGCUCGUCUCGCAUGUCCGUCAAAUCGGAGAAGAACAUGGCCGACUUUGAGGGCGAGGAGUGUGUCUACGAGGAGGAGCUGGUGCAGCUGGCUAUCCAGGCGCAGUCGCAGCUGCCGCACCACCUGGCCAGCAUGGCCAGCAUGUACCAGGCGCGCUUCGGCGCCGUGCCGCCGACGCUGCUGUCCAAGGCGCGCCGGCCACCGCCGGCCGCCGGCAGCCACCUGUUCGCCCGGUACGGCACCGAGACGGUGUGCCAGCCGGGAAACACGCUGCUCUGGGACCUGCUGCACGACGACAGAAUCGGUGAGCUGGGCGAGGGUAUGGCCGCCGAGUGCGAGAAGAUCCUCUCCAAUCUGCUAUGCUACAACUCGGACCGGGCCAUCCGCAAAAAGUUCAUCGAGGGCUGCCUGCAGAACCUGGCGCAGGGCCGCUCGGUGCUCGUCUCUCUGCGCAUGCUGCCCAAGCUGUUCGCCUCCUUCCAGCAGUUCCGCGGACUGGACACACACCAGAUCACGCUGUGGGCCGAGCGGGAACACUCGAUGAUGCAGCACUUCUUCAACAGUCUGCGGCAGCUGUCCUCUGGCGACGCGGGCUCCUCGGACCCCAGCGGUCUGUCCACGCGACAGUCGGAGGUGCAGGUCCGGCUGCACUUCCUCUCCACAGUGUUCUGCUCGCUCGGAUCGCCCGAACACUUCAGGCUGAGUGUGGAGCAGGUGGACACGCUGUGGAACUGUCUGGCGCACGACCCGCGCCACUCGGAUGACCUGUUCUCGUGGAUGUUGUCCCAAGUCCGCGGCAAGGAGCAGCACGCCCUCGGAAUGGACUCGCUCAGGUACCUGCUGACGGAGAAGCUGCCCAGCCUGGACCCGGCCGAGAUCGGUAUGACGGCGCUGAACCUGUACCAGCAGCUGUACCAGCUGCUGCGGCUGGCCGGCGCGCCGCUGGCAGACACCGAGGCCGUCGGCAUGGAUCAGCUCUGGAAAAUAGCGCUCCGGGCCAACAACACUGACGUGUCUCUGGCGGCGAUCCAGUACCUGAACUCGUGCUACGUCAGCGGCCGGGAGGAGCGCGAGCGGCGCUUCGUCGAGCGCUGCAUGUGUGAACUGGCCUCGGCCGGAGCCGACCUCGGCCAGUCGGACGAGAGCUCGCUGCUGCGCAUCCAGCGCGGUCUAGUGCUUCUCAAAACACACCUGCAGACUUACAGGAAACGGUUCGCGUACCAGGUGCGCUGCUGGCAGCUGGAGGGUCACGGCGUGAUGUCGCACGCCCAGCUGGUCGGCGAGAUGGCCGCCCCACUGCGCGUCGUCCUCCAGCCGGCCUGCUCCUCAGAGAGGAAACCCAUCACUCUGGCGCACAACAACUACGUGGCCGAACUGCGGGCCGAGGUGCACGCGUUCUGGCAGCAGCAGCAGGCGGCGGCGCAGCAGGCGGCCGCGCAGGGCCAGCCGGCGCGCCUGGGCGGCCCGGCCGGCGACGGUCUGAGCGCGGCUACCGACCCGGCCCAGCUGCGCAUCAUCUCACAAGGCACCGAGCUGACGCCCGACUGCGACGACAAACUACUCACCGACGUCGGCUUUAAGGACAUGCAGCUGGUGUACAUUUCGGUGGGCGUGUCGCGGCCGCAGCGGCGGUCGGCCGACGGCGCGGCAGGCGCGGACGGAACCCCUACCCGCGAAAGCAGUCCCAUGAUGCUGCUGCUCGAGGAGAAACACUUUACCCAGCUGCUGCAGCUCAUGAACCAGCUGUCGUCGCUGCGCGGACCGAACGGCGCUCCGCACACCAAGGCUCAGGUGCUCUCGCGGCGCGUCUGGGACAUCCUGAUGGUGCUGCCGACGUCGCCGCAGCUCAAGGACGGCUUCGGCGACCUGAGCGCGGUGACGCCGAGCACGCUGCACACCCUGCUGGACCCGAACAUCCCCCAGAAGCUGAUGUACUCGCUCUACCUGGUCGCCAGCCUCUGCAGCGGAAAGGAGGCCAAGGAGGUAUCUGACUCGGACCCGGAGAAUAAGCAACAGACUCAGGAGUGGAGACAAAAGUUCAUCGAGUGCGGCGGCCUCCAGCAUCUUUACGACAUACUCAUGUCGGGCGUGCUGCAGCUGCGCGAGGCCAACCACUGGGACGAGUGGCGCCAGGACUGUCUGGCCUGCCUGCUGCAGCUGCUGCUGCAGAUCUCGGUGGUGCGGCCCGAGGGCGGCGGCGCGGCGGCCUCCGGCCCGGCCACCUGCUCCUCCUCGGGCGGCGGCGCCUCGCUGACGCCCGAGCACGCCAAGAAGAAGGCGCGCCGCCAGCAGCGCAAGUGGGACCAGCUGACGGUGCCGCGGCUGAGCCCGGCCAUGCUGCGCCUCAUGGACCUGGAGGCGGUGGCGGCGCGCCUCACCAGCGUGCUGCACGACGCCUCACUGCCGCGCGACCCCAACCACUACAAGACGGGCUUCUGGGGCCGCGCCCAGGUGGUGCACUACGCGCUCAACCUGCUCGUGUCGCUGUGCUACUCGGCGCCGGAGGCGGCGGACGCCAUGUACCGCUGCGACCGCUACCCGGACUGGAUGCGCCGCCUCCUGCUCGAGGACCCCGAGCCGGAGAUGCGCCGCGAGGCGGCCAGCGGCCUGGAUCGGCUCUGUCUGGGACACGCCGACGGCGGACAGGCCGGCGAUCAGUUCGUGGCGCCCAUCCUCAGCGAGCUGCUCAAGCUGAUGACGGUGGCUGCCGGCGUGCGCCCGUCGGGCAUGGAGUGCGCCGCCGCCGCAGUCGCCUCCGCCGGCGGCGAGGAGGCGGGGAAGGAGCCUUACGGCCCGUCGUGCCGCGAGUACUUUGGUCUGGUGUGCCGCCUCCUGGACAGCGUCGACGAGCCGGAGGCCACCGAGCUGCGACUGGCCGAGCUGGCGCAGCAGUGCGCGCGCAGUAUCGCUGACCGCGAGCUGCUGGAGCGGCGCCACCAGACGGCGCCUGACGACGGCCUGGUGGGGCUGCUCAAACUGUGCGCGGCGCUCACCCGCCAGUCUCCGGCGUUCAAAACCAGCCCGGCCGCCACUCAGAUGGUACAUGAGCUGUUUGACGCGCUGUUCGCGCUGCCGACGCCGCGGGAGCGGCUGCUGCCCAAGUGUAAGUCUGUCCAGUCCCGGUCGGCCUGCUACGACCUGCUGGUGGAGCUGGCCAGCGGCUGCGAGGCCAACUUUGACGCGCUGCUGGGUCGGCUGCUGGAGCAGACGGCAGCCAGCCGUCACUCGCCCUACCCGUGGGACUACUGGCCGCACGAGGACGGCCGCUCCGACUGCGGCUACGUGGGCCUCACCAACCUGGGCGCCACCUGCUACAUGGCUUCCUGCAUGCAGCACUUAUACAUGAUGCCCCAGGCGCGGGCCAGCAUCUUACAGGCGGCCGUGGAUAGCAAGUGUCAGCACGGCGUCACACUGCGGGAGCUGCAGCGCAUGUUCGCCUACUUGCUGGAGAGCGAGCGCAAGGCGUACAACCCUCGCAGCUUCUGCAAGGUGUACACCAUGGACCACCGUCCGCUCAACACGGGCGAGCAGAAGGACAUGGCCGAGUUUUUCAUCGACCUCGUCUCUAAGCUGGAGGAGAUGACGCCCGAGCUGAAGCGGCUCGUCAAGCAGCUCUUCUGCGGACAGAUCACCAACAAUGUGGUGUCACUGGACUGUCCGCACGUGAGCCGCACGUGCGAGGAGUUUUACACGGUGCGCUGUCAGGUGGCCGACAUGCGCAACCUGUACGAGUCGCUGGACGAGGUCACGGUCAAAGACACCCUGGACGGCGACAACAUGUACACCUGCUCGCAGUGCCAGCGCAAAGUGCGCGCCGAAAAACGAGCGUGCUUCAAGCGUCUGCCGCACAUCCUGUGUUUCAACACGAUGCGCUACACGUUCAACAUGAACACGAUGAUGCGUGAGAAGGUGAACACGCUGUUCUCGUUUCCACUUCAUCUGGAUAUGUCCGGCUACCUGGAGCGCAGUCUGAUGCCCAACAAAUGCGAGGACCGCGGAGAGUCGGAGUCGGAGUCAUGCCAGUACGACUUAAUCGGAGUCACCGUACACACGGGCACAGCCGACGGCGGCCACUACUAUAGCUUUAUCCGGGACCGCACGGCACCAACGCACAACAGCUGGCUGUUCUUUAACGACGCCGAGGUGAAGCCGUUCGACCCCAGCCAGCUGGCCGGAGAGUGCUUCGGCGGAGAGAUGACGAGUAAAACGUACGACUCAAUCACGGACAAGUUUCUAGAUUUUAGCUUUGAGAAGACGAACUCGGCGUAUAUGCUGUUUUAUGAACGAUGUGUGCAGCCAUCUGAGCAGGGCGGCUCUAAGCAACAGCAGCAGCAACAACAACAAGAGCAGCAGCAGCACGACUCCAGCUCCGACCAGCAGCAGCCGCCGGACCAGCAGCGGCAGCUAUCCGUGGGCGACCAGCGGCCCUCGCCGCCGCCGGCGCCGGCCGAGAAGGCGCAGCCGGUCUCCCCGCCGACCGCCGCCGAGCUGUCCCGACCCCACCUCCGGCCCGUCGACCUGCCCAGCUGCGAGCUGAGCUCCGAGCUCGAGGACUGGAUCUGGAAGGAUAACAUGGAGUUCCUCAGGGACAAGAGCAUGUUCGAUCACACCUUCUUCAAUUUUAUGUGGCAGGUGUGUGGCUACAUCCCUCAGACCCUGAGCCGCAGCGAGGCGGUGACCCUGCGCGCCGCACGGCUCUCGACCACCUUCUUCCUGGAGAUAUUCAUCCACGCCAAGGAGAAGCCCACCAUGGUGCAGUGGGUCGAGCUGCUCACCAAACAGUUCAACGCUUCACAGGCGGCCCGUGAGUGGUUUUUGGACCACAUGGCUACCGACGAGUGGUGGUCCAUUCAGAUCCUCAUCAAGUGUCCCAACCAGAUCGUGCGACAGAUGUUCCAGCGGCUCUGCAUUCACGUGGUGCAGAAACUCAGGUCGGUACACAGCGGCCUGUACCUGCAGCCUGCGGAGGGACAGCAGCCGCGGCCCUCCGAGCUCGGGCAGCGCUCCUGCGUCACACGCUUCGUACGGAAACUCAUCUCACUGAUGGAGCACGGCGCCAAAUCACAUCUACGGAAUCUCACCGAGUAUUUCGCGUUUCUGUUCGAGUUUGCCAAAAUGGGUGACACCGAGACCAAGUUUCUGCUGGCCACGGAGUGUAUCACGACCAUGGUCAACUUCUACCUGAGCCAAAUACCGGAGAAUUCUGACGAGGUGUCGGACGAGGAGGAGGAAGAUGCCGAGACGUCCGGCGGGCCCGGCCCCGGCGGUCCCGGCCCGGGCGGUCCCGGCGCCGGGCCCGGCCCCAGCCCGGUGCGACCCGCCGACAAGUUCCGGCCGGCCAGCCUGGAGAAGAUGAUCAGCCUGGUGGCGCUGCUGGUGGAGAAGUCGCGGACCGAGGACGGCAGGCUGUCGCUGUCCGCCUCAGACCUGGCCGCCGUGGCAGGCGGCAAGGGCUUCCCGUUCCUGUACCACCAGAUCAAGGACGGUCUGAACGUGCGUGCCACCUGCACCCUGGUGCUGGCGCUGUGUCGGUGUAACGAGCGGCUGGCUGGGCUGCUGGUCGGCAUGAUCUUCCAGGCCGUCAUCAAACACCAGGAGGGAUGUCAGCCGUUUUUCCGCCUGCUGACGCUGCUGGUGGAGGCUGACUCUGCCGCCGGCGGGACGGGCGGCGGCGGCCAGCAGCCCUGUUUCACCCAGCUGGCGCUGCAGCACAUCUGGGAGGUGGCGCAGUUCUGUCCGCAGCCGGUGCUCGAGUGGCUGGCCGCCCAGGUGCCACGCAACAAACAGGUGCACUCCUGGGUGCUGCAGAACCUCGACAACUGGUGCGAACACUUCCUCAUCGGACACGCCCAGUUCCGCGUCAGGGCCUCGGCCAGUCUGCUGCUGGUGGGCCUGGUGCCGUCCUCUCAGUUCCGGCACCUGUUUGCUCAGCGCCAGCGGCAGAACUCGGGCGACCUGACCCUGCCGCCCGAGGCGCUCACUGUGCUGCAUCAGGUGUACCAGUGCCUGCUGCGUCUGCUGAAGCCGGCCAGGGUCUACACAGAUGUCCAGAUGCACGGCAACAUGAAGCUGGUGCAGUACUUCCAGCUGAUGCAGUACUGCGUCCUCUCCAGAGCCGAGAAACUCAUGUUCAGUCCGUACACGGCCGACCUGUGGACCCUGUUCCACCCGAAGCUCUCGGAGCCGUCGAUCGCGGCGCACCACAACAAGCAGGCGCUGCUCAUCUUCUGGUGCACUGUGUGUAUUGACUGCCCGGAGAACGUACAGCUGAUCGUCUCCAACCCGCACAUCACCAAAAACAUCGGAUUCAACUACAUACUAGCGGACCACGACGACGACCAGGUGGUGCUGUUUAACCGGAGCACACUGCCGGCCUACUACGGUCUACUGCGGCUCUGCUGUACCCAGUCGCGCGCCUUCGCCCGACAGCUGGCCAACCACCAGAACCUGCAGUGGGCCUUCAAAAACAUCACACCCUACCCGGCGCAGUACAGCGCCGCGACUGACGAGCUGCUGAAGCUGAUGUCGCUGUUCGUGCUGGUGCACCCGGACACCACCGAACAGGAACUGAGGGAGAUCGUGGCGUUCAAGCGGCAGACGCUGCAGAUGUACCUGCAGGUACUGGACGCCCGCUCCAGCUGGGCGACUCUGAUCUCGGCGCUGAAGGUGCUGCUCGACACGGCCGAGGACCGUCUGUUCCUGGUCUAUAACGGAGGCGUCACGCUGCUCUGCGAGGCCACUCUGGCACUGCACGCCAUGCUGCACGAGGCCACCGCGUGCCACGUGACCGGCGAGCUGACAGAGCUGGUCCGGCUGCUGGCUGACGUGCUGCGCUGCUGCAAAACAUUCAGGGAUAACAAGGACGUGCGGCACGCGCUCAUCAACUGCAAGGAGCGGCUGGAGGUGAUGCGGAAGCUGGCCACGCUGCUCAACAGCUUCACACCACCCGAGCUGCGAGCCGCCUGCAUCGACGCGCUCAAGGAGUUCGUCGUGGUGCUCCCCCACGAGAGUCUGCAGGUGCUCACUCCUCUGAUGUUACACGCUCACUCUCCGGCGGCGCGCGAGGGGACCGACCCGGCGCCGCUGGGCCCCUUCUUCCCGCGUCCGGGCCAGGCGGCUCCGCCUGCGGGAGCGCCCAACCUGCGGCCGGCCCGGCCCCUGCUUCAGAUGAGCGUGCCGCGACUACAGCUGCCGGCCAACAAGUGCGAGCGUGACGAGUACGACCGUGCGCUGCUCGAGUACUUCCUGCCGUACCACGUGCUGGCCGACCUGAUGUGCCGCGUGGCCAUCAACCACGACCUUCUGACGGAGCCGCUGGUGACGCUGAGUGUGCUGCUGGGCAUUGACGGCGUGCCCCUGCACCUGGCGCACUUUGCCAAACUGUGGAUCGACGUCUACCAGACCAAGGCGAUGGAGAAGCACAUCGAGCGUCUGCUGAGCUGCACUCAGCUGGCCGAGUACCUGCAGCAGGUGCUGCUCACCGCGCGGCCAUCGCUCACCAACAGCGUCAUCUACAAGUUCUGCUCCCUAUUCCUGCCAAAGGUGAGCUGGGAGCGGUGGUCGCCGGCCGCGCAGCUCUCGGUGCUCGCCGACCAGGUGACGGCCGACCUGGUACAGCUCGGGGACGCCGCGGCCGGCGCGCAGGCGCAGCUGGCCACCCGGCUGACGGGCCAGCUGCGCGCGCUGUCACUGCUCUACCACGCGGCGCCGCCGCCCCCGCCGCCGCCGCCGCCGCUGCUACUGGCCGCCCUGCAGCAGACGGCCAGCAAACUGGACCUGCCCGUGACGCCGGCGCCCGUGCCGCCGCCGGCGCAGGAGCCGGGCCCGGCGCCGGCGGCCGCUGCCUCCCUCUCCACCACCGCCGAGCGGACAGACAGCGCCAGCGGCGCAGAGUCGUCGGGUGCCAGCGGCUGCGGAGCCAGCGGCGAGCCCUCGGACGACUCUGGCGACGCGGCCGGCUGGCGGCCCGUGCUGGCCCGCUCGGUCCAGAUGCUCAGAGACCAACUCACUACCAGCAAGGCUUGUGAUCGCAGGGCGUAGGUGCCCUGCCGCGCGGGCCCGGCCGGCCGCGGCGCGCCCGCCCAGUAGCCGCCGCGCGCCGCCCGGCCGGCCGGCCGCCACUGUAUUUAUCUAUUUUCUUACGUCGCUUUGGAAAGACAUUUAUGUGAUCCGGUUUUUUUAGACUGUCCCGCGAUUCAUCCUUAUUUACGGAUUGAUGUGUUUGUUUUUUACUUUGAACUUAGUUUGGUCUUGAAUAUACGGUUGUUGGCCGUCGUGCGCUGCUGCGA